AUGGCCCAGCCAAGUGCAGACCCAGUCGAAGAAUACGACUAUGAAUCUCUUCCGCCCAACUUCUCCCUGCUGCAGAACAUGGCAGCAGGCGCCUUUGCCGGCAUAGCAGAGCACACUGCCAUGUAUCCCAUUGAUGCAAUCAAGACCAGAAUGCAAAUCCUCAACCCCAGCACCACACCGGCCUACUCGGGUGUCAUUCGUAAUACCGUUCAAAUUGCCCGCACCGAGGGAUUCCUCAGCUUAUGGCGCGGCAUGUCUAGUGUCAUAGUUGGAGCUGGUCCUGCGCAUGCCGUCUAUUUUGCAACAUAUGAAGCAGUCAAACAUGCCAUGGGCGGUAACCAGGCCGGUGUACACCAUCCCCUCGCUGCUGCCACCAGUGGUGCCGCUGCCACUAUUGCUAGCGACGCGUUCAUGAACCCUUUCGAUGUCAUCAAGCAGCGCAUGCAGAUUCAAAAUUCGAGCAAGAUGUACCGAUCCAUGCUGGACUGCGCCAAGUAUGUCUACAAGUCCGAGGGCCUGGGCGCUUUCUAUAUCUCGUACCCUACGACACUGUCCAUGACAGUCCCCUUUACAGCUCUACAGUUCCUCGCAUACGAGUCUAUUUCUACCGCCAUGAACCCCGCAAAGAACUACGACCCCUUGACACAUUGUUUGGCCGGUGCUGUUGCUGGUGGCUUUGCUGCUGGUCUUACCACUCCCAUGGAUGUCAUCAAGACCAUGCUCCAGACUCGCGGAACCUCCACUGACCCCGAAGUGAGAAGCGUCAACAGUUUUAUCGGAGGCUGUCGCCUAUUAUAUCGAAGAGCCGGUGUCAGAGGCUUCUUCAAGGGUGUGCGACCUCGCAUUGUUACCACAAUGCCCAGCACAGCCAUCUGCUGGUCGGCAUAUGAGUUUUCAAAGUCCUACUUCAUCAAGCGCAACGAUGCCGCCUGA